UCGAUGAGGACAACAUACAACACGAGCCUGCAGCCCAAACCAUAUUAGAGCAUCUCAUCCGUCAGAUUGAAGAGAAAGCGACGGAGAUGAGCAGCGAGGACAUGUUCUUGGUGAAGAUGAGGCUACAGGAAACGGCUGCACAGUUUCGGGAAAUGUAUGGUAACAGUCCUCUGAAUCUUGUCCGUGUGGUAAAGAAUUGUAUUAAUACAGAGAUGAAGAUGGUGGCACAGGCCGAGAACGCGGCAUCAGGGCUUGGGGACCUACAAGGACAGCAAGACAAGCACAGAAUCACAUCACAGCAGCUGGAAUUCUUGCAAAAAAGAACACAGGAGACAGAUAAUGAAUUGAAGCAGCUGCAACACAAGCAGGAAUCCUUCAUUAUCCAGUAUCAAGACAGUGUGAAAAUUAACUCCCAACUACAACAGGUGGUCAGUCAACCCAACACGCCUAAUAAAACGGAACACGAGAUGCGGCUCAAGAGACAGAAAGAAGGGAUUGAGUGUGAACUCAGCAGGAAGGCACAGGAACUCCUGCAGUUACGACUGGCUCUUGCAGACAAACAUCACGACACAUUCAAACAUCUUCAGAAUACACAACAGCAGGUAUUGGAUCAUGAACUGAUUGAGUGGAAAAGGCGACAGCAGCUUGCUGGAAAUGGUGCUUCUUUUGAGGGCAACCUGGACAGCCUUCAGUCAUGGUGUGAGGCUUUGGCUGAGCUGAUUUGGUACAACAGACAACAGAUCAAAAAAGUGGAGCUCCUCCGGGCGCAGCUUCCAAUAGAUGUUCCCCCGUCGAGUAUUGAUCUCCUCCCAGCACUGAACAACACAAUUACUGGGCUUCUGUCCUCAUUAGUAACGAGUACUUUCAUAAUUGAAAAGCAACCCCCACAAGUUUUGAAAAAAGAAUCCCGCUUUACUUCCACAGUGAGAUUGCUGGUUGGGGGCAAGUUGAACGUCCAUAUGAACCCUCCCACUGUGAAGGCCACUAUUAUCAGUGAGUCUCAAGCCAGAAGUCUCCUGAAAAAUGAUAAAAAUUUGAAGAAUGAAAGCAGCGGCGAGAUUCUGAACAACCAGGGGACCAUGGAAUACCACCAGUCUACAGGCAACCUGUCCGUAACCUUCAGGAAUAUGCAACUGAAAAGAAUCAAAAGAGCCGACAGGAAAGGGACAGAGGCUGUCACAGAGGAAAAGUUUUCAAUUCUUUUCCAGUCCCAGUUUACAGUGGGGGGAGGGGAGCUGGUGUUUCAGGUCUGGACGCUGUCCUUGCCAGUGGUAGUCACAGUUCAUGGGAACCAGGAGUGUAAUGCCUUAGCUACAGUAUUAUGGGACAAUCAGUUUGCAGAGCCAGGUCGUAUACCUUUCCUUACACCUGACACAGUAUCCUGGCCUCUUCUUGCCGAAAUGUUGUCAACCAAAUUCCGUUUUGCCACUGGUGGUGGACUGACAGCUCAGAAUUUGAGUUAUUUAGCUCAGAAGAUAUUUGGUUAUCAAUCUGAUGACUACACAGCUUGCAGAGUCAGCUGGUCCCAAUUUAAUAAGGAAACCUUGCAGGGAAGAAACUUUACAUUUUGGGAAUGGUUCUACGCAGUACUGAAGUUGACCAAGGAACACCUGCGAGGACCCUGGUGUGAUGGCUACAUCCUUGGUUUCAUCAGCAAAAGUAUGGCUCAAGAGAUGCUUCUCUCUAAUCGUCAGAAUGGAACAUUCCUUCUACGCUUCAGUGACUCAGAGAUAGGUGGGAUUACUAUCGCUUGGGUGGCAGAUGACCCCCAAAAGCCAGAUGUUCGCCAGGUGUGGAAUUUGGCCCCUUUUACAACAAAAGAUUUUGCCAUCCGUGCCUUGGCUGACCGUAUCAAGGACUUACCAAACCUGCAGUUCCUGCACCCCAACAUCCCCAAGGACCAGUGCUUUGGGAAAUACUGGACAAAUACCAACGAGGGUGAGAGCAAAAUAACUAAAGAUGGCUAUGUCCAGACACAGUUGGUGACUCACGUGCCAGGAAUGCACCCUCAGCCCAUGGCCCCCAUGAGCUUUGAUAACCCCCAGACACCCCAGAUGGAGAUGCCUCAUUCACCGCCAGCCACUGCCAUGUACGGUGAUUCACAGACCUAUGGAAAUAGGAGUGCCCUGGAGCUGGAUGACGGUGCCAUGGAUGGCGGGAUGGAAGACAUGAUGUUUAACGUCAUGGACUACAACCCGGAUGACAUAGACCAAAUUAAUGUGAACGAAUUACUGUAUCCAGCCGGAGGAAGCUAAAAGAGGCACAGUGUGUCAGUGACAAUAACAAUAACAGUGUACUACAGAGUAACAUUGGAGUCGCCAUAGCUGUACCACUGUCAGAUUGCAGCUACAGUAACAUAAAUGCAGCAGUUACAACACUGUUGCUGAAGCUACAGAUUGAUUAUUGCAGCGUAGGUUAUAGUGAUUUUUGGCUUUAGAUUUAGUACAGAUGUUGCUGUAGAUGGUUGUAUUGAUACUGAUUAUUGUUACUGAAGCUGCAACUGAUGUCAAAAGCAAUGUUACUGAAUGGAAGAAUGGAUGAGUCUCUGCAAUGCCAUAACGUUUGGUCAGUAAAAACUAUAGGAAAGAGUAAAUUUUUUUGAUAUAUUACAUAUAUAUCAUUUAUUUUCAGAGUUAAUAUAAUUUUUGCUUAGCAUUUAUAUAAACCAUCAAUAGUUGCCUUGAUGAUGUAUCAUUGGUGUAAUUAAGAAUUAUCACUUUUAGAUCAAGGUGAAAUUAGUAAUGUAAGCAGCAUGUUAAAUUGCCCUUUGAGGUUUUGCAUGUAAUAAUAAUUAUAAUAUUUAGCUGUUGUCAGUGUCUGUUUAAUGCUAGGAUAUCACAGCUAUGAAUACCACUUCUAGUAGACAAAAUCUAGGGAGAAAAGCAUUUAUUUAUGUACUAACAAUAUUCUUGUGCCAGAAAAAAUGUUUUAUGCUUAAAGUGCCCUUUAAAUUAAAGCUCUGUGAAAUCUGGAAUUGUUUCAGAUUCAUUUUUUAAGCUUCUUGGUAAAAAGAAGAUUAUGUAUUUUUGUUGUAAAUGGUGUUAUUAAAGUAAAGUAAUUUUUUAUAAAGUGUUUAUUAAACAAUUGCUUUUACAUUUUGGUAUCCUGCCGGGUAUGACGGAUAUGCUUAUAUUGUAUAUGUAGCAGUAUUACCAAAUGUCUAAGACAUGUUUUAUUUAUUUUUGUACAUAAUAACUACUACCAUAAAGCUCUGCAAUCAAAUAUAAGUAAUUAUCAAAAUAGAUUUAU